CGCAGCGCGGUAACGCAUUGAUUUAUCUGCGCGCAGCUGCAUGCUGGAGUAAGUAGCAAUCUGCAUAUGGAUUAUGCUGAGAGGGUUCUCGGCCUGACUUCUGAGGGCGUUCAGCACCGGAGCUGUCCCGCGCUGACGGACGCCGCCGCCGCGUGAUGCUGCGCCCGCGCCGCUGACAUCCUCCCUCUCUCCGCCUCUCUGAGCGCAUCUCUCUCCGUCCCUCCUCCUCCUCUCUGCCUCCUCGCUGCUCUCCUCCGCACGCACAAAACGCUCUGUCAUGGCGUCUUCCAACCAUGUUACCCCCACCAACUGUAGCUGGUGGCCCAUCUCAGCCAUGGAUGAGGACGGGAAAGUCGCAGACGGAGAGGAGAGCGAGGACGCAGCGGCGGAGCCCAAGCCCUUCAACAAAGACAGGCUGGUGCUGUACCACUGGACGCAGUCUUUCGCCUCCCAGAAGGUACGUCUGAUCAUCAGCGAGAAGGGUUUGGUCUGCGAGGAGAGGGAUGUGAGUUUGCCGCUGCAGGAGCACAAAGAGCCCUGGUUCAUGAGGUUGAACCUGGGGGAGGAGGUGCCGGUCUUCCUCCAUGGAGACAACAUCAUCAGCGACUACAACCAGAUCAUAGAUUACCUGGAGAAAACCUUUGUGGGAGACACGGUGGCUCAGCUGAUCCCCGAUCCGGACUCGCCUCUCCACGAGCGCGUCCAGCAGUACCGGCAGCUCCUGGACGGCCUCCCCAUGGACGCGUACACGCACGGCUGCAUCCUCCACCCGGAGCUCACCACAGACUCUAUGAUCCCAAAGUACGCCACCGCAGAAAUACGUAGGCACUUGGCUAACGCUGCGACAGAACUGAUGAAGUUGGACCACGAGGAGCCUCAGCUGACAGAACCGUACCUCUCCAAGCAGAAGAAGUUAAUGGCGAAAAUUUUGGACCACGACAAUGUGAACUACCUGAAGAAGAUUCUGGGGGAGCUAGCCAUGGUUCUGGAUCAAGUGGAGGCGGAGCUAGAGAAGAGGAAACUGGAGUAUCAAGGUCAAAAGUGCGAGUUGUGGCUUUGUGGACCUGAAUUUACACUAGCUGAUAUCUGCCUUGGAGCCUUGCUGCACAGGCUCAAGUUUUUGGGACUUUCUAAGAAAUACUGGGAGGACGGCAGCCGGCCCAACCUGCAGUCCUUCUUUGUGCGCGUGCAGAAACGCUAUGCUUUCCGAAAGGUCUUGGGUGACAUCCACACCACCCUCCUGUCGGCGGUCCUCCCUAACGCCUUCCGGAUGGUAAAAAAGAAGCCUCCAUCCUUCUUCGGAGCCUCUUUUCUCAUGGGCUCGCUGGGCGGGAUGGGCUACUUUGCCUACUGGUAUUUAAAAAAGAAAUACAUGUAGUGAAUGCUCACUUGUUGUGUUAAAUGUCUGUGUAUUUG